GCGGCGGCGGGUCUCCCUCCCGCCGCGUGUGACGUCAUCGCCUGGAGGCCGUCCAACAUGGCGCUCUUUCGGAUCGACAGGUACCUGGAGGAGGGGGAGGAGAGCAGCCCCGGAGACCAGGCCCAGGCGCUGCUGGAGCGGCUACGACGGCAGGCCCGGGAGCGACAGCUGAAGAAGCAGCAGGAGGCGGCGGCGACUCCCGAGCCCUCCCGCAAACCCCAGGCGCCGGACCCGGAGACUGAACCCCCCCGCCACCCCCGGACACCGCCCGGGCAGGCUGAUGCCCAGGUGGAGCCAAAGGGGAAAAUCAAGAAGAGAAAACGAGAGGAGGAGAGCCCCUCCAAAGACGCGGCCCCCGAAAAUGUGGAGGUUGUCGGGGAAGAGACCCACAGCCCCAGGAAGAAAAGGAAAAAGAAGAAAAAAGGAAAAAUGGAAAAUGGCCAUGACACUGCAGGUUUGCUGGGGGGAAGCGGAAACCGACCGGAAAAGGAAGGAGCCCCGGAGAAGACCGAGGAGAAGCAGACCACCGAGACCUCGCCCGGCCCGGCCGACGCGCUCAUCCUCGGAGGCUUUGGCAAGAAGGCUCUGCAAAAGGUCCAGCCUUUCUUACCCCAGUGGCUGGCUGAGCCCAGCCGGGUCAGGAAGAGCGUCACGGAAGACCUGGUGCCCAUCCGGGAUAUUCCGGGGAUCCACCCUGAUGUCCAAAAGAAGCUAGAGGCCAACGGCAUCUCCAGCUAUUUUCCAGUUCAGGCCGCCGUGAUCCCCGUGGUCCUGGAGAGUGCGACCCACGGCUUCUUGGUGGGCAGGGGCGGCUACCGGCCCAGGGACAUCUGUGUGUCGGCCCCCACGGGCAGCGGCAAGACCCUGUCCUUCGUCAUCCCCGUGGUCCAGGUCCUGUCGGAGCGGGCCGUGUGCCACAUCCGGGCGCUGGUCGUGCUGCCCACAAAGGAGCUCGCCCAGCAGGUGAGCAAGGUGUUUCACACAUACACGGAGCAGACGGCGCUCAGGGUCGCUCUGAUCACCGGCCAGAAGCCCCUCGCCAAGGAGCAGGAGCUGCUCGUCCAGGAAACGGACACCGGCUACCGCAGCCUGGCCGACAUCGUGGUGGCCACCCCAGGCCGGCUGGUGGACCACAUCGACCAAACCCCGGGCUUCAGCCUCAGGCAGCUCCGCUUCCUGGUGAUCGACGAGGCGGACCGGAUGAUUGACAGCAUGCAGCAGUCUUGGCUGCCCCGCGUCAUGGCCGCUGUGUUCGGGGGCACGGGGUCCGGGGGUCCCGGGGAACUGCUCCAGAGGACGGCGCCUGGGGUCAUCACCGCUGCCAGCUCCUGCCGCCCCCAGAUGCCCCUGCAGAAGCUGCUGUUCUCCGCCACGCUGACGCGGAACCCCGAGAAGCUGCAGCAGCUGGGUCUCUACCAGCCCCGCCUCUUCUCCGCCACCGGGACCAGGGAGGGGCCGGCCGGGGACGGGAAGUACACCUUCCCCGCCGGACUGUCGCAUUACUACGUGCCCUGCAGCCUCAGCUCCAAGCCCAUGCUCGUCCUGCACCUGCUGCAUCAAGAGGACUUCCCGCGGGUCCUGUGCUUCACCAACUCCAGGGAGAACUCGCACAGGCUGUUCCUGUUGAUCCAGGCCUUCGGGGGCGUGAAGGUGGCCGAGUUUUCCUCCCGCUUCGGGCCCGGCCAGAGGAAGCUGAUCCUGAAGCAGUUUGAGCAGGGGAAGAUCCAGCUGCUGAUCAGCACAGACGCCACCGCCCGGGGCAUCGACGGAGGGGUGAAGCUGGUCAUCAACUACGACGCCCCCCACUACAUCCGGAGCUACGUGCACCGGGUGGGCCGUACCGCGCGGGCCGGCAGGACCGGACUGGCGUACACCUUCCUGCUGAAGGUGCAGGAGCAGAAGUUCCUGCGCAUGCUCCGGAGGGCCGGGGCGCCCGCGCUGCAGCCGUAUCCGAUCCGCCGGGAGCUGCUGGAGCCGCUGGUCCCCCAGUACCAGGCUGCGUUGGCCACUCUCCAGGAGACGAUCAAGGAGGAGCGGAAGCAGAGGAGGGCGUGAGGCCGGGGGGCCUGGUCGAGGUUGCCGCCCCUUGAAGCCUCCACCUGACUGGAAGCGCCGGCCUCCCGGGCCGCGAGUAGGGCACCACCUCGAGUCCUCGCCGCUGCAGCUUGUUGACAGGAGAGUUGUUUUUAGAAGGAAGCCAAGAGAGCUCCGGCCCUCGUCGUCCACGACAGGGAAGGUGAAGCCGACGGAAACCGGAAUCGGGGACCAGAGGCGGUGGUGGCGGCUGGUCCGCCCGGAGAAGCCGGGAUGAAAGGUCGACCCCCCCGGGCCGCGACUGCCGGACCCGACCUUGGGUCUCCCUGCCCGUGGGGGUUCUGAGUGAGGGUUCGGCGCGUUUCCGGUGCCGGGGGUUCCCUCACGCGGGAGUCGUGCAUGAAAUGCUCCAGCCAGGAGACUCCAUCUCGUCCUGCCUCCCACCACCCCGGCGGGAAAGAACAGCACCUACAGCACAGAGCCUCGGGAAGGCUGGCGGCCGCUGUUAACCACCGCUGUGCCUUGGACUCCAAGGGGAGCCUGAAGCUCCGCUCCUCCAGCCCCGCCACCCUGCUGACUUUGUUUAUUUCGUCUAUCUGUCCUUGUCUUAUGUUUUAGCGGUUUAUUGUUUCUCCGUUCCUUACGUGUCUUCAGUCCCCUCUUCCCCCUUGAGGGACUGGACCUGGAUCUAAUUCGCAAUUGUGUAUGCUCUCCCAGUGCUUAGUACAGGGCUCUGAACCCAGUAAGCGCUGAAUAAAUGCCAUUUCUACUAAAACGGCAAGUGCUGAGGGUAGUCGGGGAAGUGAAGAGAAAUUAGGCCUUCCCCCUUCUCUUCCCCCCCCCCCCCCCCCAGUAUUUAUUGAGCACCUUCUGUGUCCUGAGCCCUUUACAGACUCCUUGAGGAGGCUAAGCAAGUAGGUCAGUCCCUGCCCUGAGGAAGUUUACAGUAGGGGAGAAUCGGGCAGAGGUAACUGAUGAAUGUAAACAUAAUUAAAUAGUAAACAGGUGGCUAAACAAACAAACCA